UUGUGGGGGUCGAACUCCAGUCAUAUCCAGACUCGAAUUUGUAUUGCUUAAAAAGCUAUCAUUGAAAUGACAGAGCCAAAAUGUCGAUAUCAAAAUUAUUCGUGAAAGUGUUCAACGAGGAUAUAUUCGAGCAGGUCGACCACGACAAUCUGUACUCAGACCUAGACGAUGAUUUGGAGGGCGCUAAUUGCUCGACGGCUCCGGAUCCGAGGCCCGCGAAGCUCGCCGAUUUGUCCGUGACCAAGCAGAUGAUCAUUGUGCGAACAUGGCUGGAUGACAAGUUCCAACAAAUCCAGACUGACAGCAAUGAGGAAAUUCGACGCCUCUAUAUGGAGACGGAGAGCCGAAUUGGACCGGAUCUGACCAUUUUUGAUGUAGACUAUACAACCACGGUACGCGUGUCCUCGGACCGCCUGGCCUUGCGUUCUCAAGGAAGCUUCAAUACGGUUCGGGCAAAUUGUUGCGUGUACGGAGGCCGCUGGAUGUAUGAGAUCCACCUACAUACUAAAGGCGUCAUGCAGAUUGGGUGGGCCUCAAACUGCUGCCAAUUCAACGAAAACAGCGGCGUUGGAGAUACCAAGUCUAGCUAUGGAUAUGAUGGUAGCAAGCAGCAGAUCUGGCAUAUAUCCACCAAGAAGUACGGCGACAAAUGGCAGAUCGGCGACAUUAUCGGCGUGACCAUCGACGUCGACAAGGAACAAAUCGAAUAUUACCGAAAUGGACGCUCGAUGGGAGUGGCAUUCAACAAGUUGGAGAAGGGACCGGGUAUCACCUUCUUCGCAGCUAUAUCCCUGGGCUAUACGCAAGGCAUCGAGGCGAACUUCGGUAAUCGUCCGUUUAUGUAUCCGGUACUAGGCUUCCAACCGCUCAUGGCUCGACCCAUCCUUAAAUUGCGUAGGGCGAACCUGCUGAUGAAUUACUUGAUCAAUCUGGCCGGCAUCUUCUCCAAGUACAAUGCCCAAUCUGGAAUGUCAAUAGACAACGGUACCGAUGCCCGCGUUUCCACCAAGAAGACGGUUUACUGUAUAUUUGCUACCUUACUGAUUGAAAAGUUCACAAACGAGAUAUUUGAUCCAUACAUCAUCGAAGACGUAUUGCUGAACAGGAUCUCCUCCCUAACAACUCUGGCGGCAGAGAAGGAGAAUCGAUACAGCGUGCUCCAGGGUUUGCUUUCCCUUUUCUGGAACUACAUGGAGGGCGACGAGAUUAAGUUUGUGUUACGGAAGUUAGUCAACGCUUUGCUGGGUACGUUUACGCAUACAAUCCAGGGCUUGGAUUAUGAGAAGCAUCGCCAGACGAUAAGUAUGUUGCAUUGCCUUUGUCUGCACGAGCAGACCAGAAAAUAUUUGCUGGAAGGAAAGCUGUUCAAAAAGCACUGUCUUGCCUUUUUCCUCUACAUCCACCCGCUGGAGUUCUACAUCAUGGAAGAGCUGCUGCCUGACAGUAUGGCCUGGACGGAGGGAAUCGAUGGACCCAAGGAAAAAUAUCUGAAUGUUGUCGAGAAGGUUCGUAAGGUCACGGAACCCUUAUAUGCGGCGCAAAGGGACUUUCUUACCACUCUUUUAAUCAACUCGGAUGGGACACGGGAAAGUCCGUCAAGUCGCACAAUAUUCUUGUCCAAAAUGCGUCGCUAUGUAAUAGAUCUCAGCAUGGAGCAAAGGCCCUUCCAUGCCUUUUUCUUCAUGCAAUCGAGCAUCCAGCAUCCGCUGGAUGCACCUGUGGCCCUUGCCUUUGUCAGCAUACUUAUUGAUCAGACGCGCGCGAUGUUUAAAGAUGAACUGCCUACCAAAAAUGUGGAGGUGAACAGCGAUUUUUUCAUAGAUGGUUCGUUUGACUACAUGCACUUUGAUCGCGUUGGAGGUGUCCUCUCCCAUUUAAGAAAGGUCCAUCGGAGCGAUAUCGAUGCUAGAUUAGGAGCGGCUCGUGCUCAACAAAUUUAUGAUGAUGAUCGCCAAAACUUGAGGGUUAAUGAAGUGGAUACCACGCUUUAUCUAUUGGGGGAGAACAUCAACAAUGUGGCGGUAGUUGGACACACUCAGGGCGCCAACAAUUCCACGUAUACCCAUUUCUUAAAUGCAAGACCUCAUGGCAGCACCGAUACUUCACCGGGCAAUGUGGAUAUGGAGGCCAGUCUCUGCGAGCUUCUUGACCUCUGCAUAAUCUUUUACUACUCAGCGGGUCACAAAUAUAUUGUAAAGAUAGCCACGGUGAGAGAUGAGAUCGCAGCUCUGAAUGAAGUGCUCAAGGAGACGAAAUUUUAUCGAGAGGAUAUAGAACGUAAGCUGGUGGCCUUGGAGCAGCAUGCCAAUGUCUGCAUGAACGAGAAUCAUCAGCACGUUAUGGGCGAGCUACGGACCAAGUUCAGUCAGCGCCAGAAUGUUUUUGCAACACGCUCGAUAGCACUGUCCAGAAAACAAAUCUGGCUGAGAGGAGUGGCUCUAAAUGGUCACAGGCGAUCCCUGCUCUUGUGGUUACUAGAACGAAUGUUGCGAACUCUGACGACUGCUUCAAACACGGGACCCUUGUUCUCCUUCGUACCUGAAGUGUAUAUAAAUACACUGCCUAUUUUGUUAGAUGCCGUGAUGGACUUUAGUCACCAUGAUUUGAGAGCUCAAUUUGAGGCCUCAGAUGCGGAGUGCGCCGUAAACUCUGCAGCAGAGUUUCUAGGCAUUCACUCAGCAGAUCCGCGUAUUGUUCUUGCCUCCUGUAAGGAUUCGCUGCUGCAAGCUUUGGGCACACUCACCUGCCACAAGUCCGGAGUGCGAGCCUUGGAACGAACUUCGAAGAGAGCGCAGGCAAGUCUAGUUCGAGCACUACUGCGUCCCUAUGAGAAUCGAGCUUGGGGUCAGAGCAAUUGGCUCCUAUUGCGCUUUUGGAUGGGAGAGGGCUAUGCUUACAAGGAUGCCCGCCAGCCAUCUGUGUGGCAGGGAGGGUCGCUGCCCCUCCACCAGGGACUGUGUCGCAGUCGCUCUAGAAACGAGACGCACACGGGACUGCUGCACAACGUUGCCCCGGCUAAUCCCUCAAAGCAUUUUCAGCGUCUGAUCGGGGCAAAAUUGAGAGAGGACGAGCCCUUCGCAACUGCCUUCCUAAACUCGGUCUUAAGCCAAUUAAACUGGGCUUUUUCUGAAUUUAUUUUACUGCUGCAGGAGAUCCAAAACACAGCUCAAAGGCAGGAAAACACCUUGUUUGAGCCAAAGCAGCUUAAGAUUUGCUCAAUGUGUUUUGAGCUGACAGUCUCGCUGAUGCGAUGCCUCGAAAUGGUUAUCUCAGCAGCUCCUGAGGUUGUUACUGACGAAUCUCGACCGAAUAGCGAUCUUCUAUUAAAUCGCAUCUGCCAGCUUAUCAGUCAAGUGCUUUCCCGGGUGACAGUACCACCGGGAUGCUUUCAGUUCGUGGUGGACAUGUGCUCGGCUGAUCUUAAUGCAGUUACUCAUUAUCCCAUUGUGACCGCUGCUUUGGGUAUUCUGUUAGCCCUGAUGCAGGAAGAGAUGGAGACUGACAUGAGGCCACAGAUUGUGACGCGAGUGUCCCGAGCUUUUCUCACCGAUCCGAGCUUCCAGUUUGCCACUCUAGAGUUUGCUUUGGGAGAAAUACGAACACCGUUGCUGGAGCAGAAGAAUAUACCCCGGGGUAAUUUUGAUCCCUCUUCUAGGCCCCACAUUGAUCCGCUGACCAAUGAUGUACGUGUGCCCGUACCCAACAACUCCAAACGUAUUCGGGCAGAUCCGCCAAUCCUUAAAUUUGCCCUAAAUGAUUUUCCCUCACAUGUGUCCUCUGAGGAAAUCGAGAAUGUGCGCAGCCUGAUCGAGAGUUUGCGCGUGAAGCAGACAUUGCUCUCGGACAUAACACUGCCAUCGGAAGACUCACUGUGUCCUAUAUGCUGCGCCAAACCCAUCACUGCCGUUUUCACGCCCUGCAAGCACCAGUCCUGCAGCGACUGCAUCAUGCAACACAUGAUGAACUCCAAGGUGUGCUUUUACUGUAAGACCACAAUACAAACCAUUGAGACGCUAGAUGGUUCGGUCAUUUAUUCCAAUGAAGAUGUCGUCCAGACACCAAUGGUCGAGCGGGCCUAAAAGGAAACCCACCGAAAGCAAUCAAGGAAAUAUUCCUUUGAAUGCCCAACAAAGUCUAGUCAAUCUUAAAGACAAACUCCUACGCUUUAAGUGUAUAUAUAUACAUUUAUUAAGGUACAUUUAACUUGUAUCAUUCGUAAAAUUUUUGUUUGAGUUGUAUGCUUGCCAUUAUAAGUUCUGAUGUGAUAUGCCAAUAGUGCAAUGUAAAGAAAGUUAAAUAUAACCAAAGAUGAAGUAUUAGAAA